AUUUGUCUUACUGUCGCAAAUAGCCACCCGACUUUGAUCUCCAGUGGACUAUAUUUGUAUGAAGCAGGUGCUUGAUCUCAUUUCCGGUAGCAGUGUGGUCGUUUCCUGCUGCUACGACAACACCUAUUUCUGUCAGAUCAGAGAUGUAACUUGAUCUCAGUCAAUAAACACUGAACAGUGUCCGCUCAUCCACCAUGGACAGGGAAGAGUGUCACCGAAAGCAUGCAGACAUGUCCGACAAAGCAGACGAUAAGUUUAGUAUAGUCUGCGGUGACCUGGGACUGGGUGAAGGGCUAAAGCCGGGCGGGAUACUCCAGGGUUUGAAUUUGCCCGAAUUCCCAGACGGUGCUAGCAGUGUAACGCCGUCGCACAAUGAAAGUACUGUCACUAGGAGGAAUAGUCAACCGUGCCAAGCAAACGAUAGGGAUUCUGUGUCCAGGCAAACUCCAGAAAGGCGAAAAUCACUCGUGUUCAAAUCAAAACCCAAACGCAGAUCAGUUGAUUCGGGUGACAUAUCUCCCUCUGGAAAUGAACAUUUUCCCACGUACGCCGAUGUUCCUUUGGGAACGUCACUACGACAACAGAGGAAGUUGUUUGAACAAAAUUUGGGAUCCCUUCGUAAAAAACACGAUCUGUCUACCUCUGAAGAACAAUCAGUGAAUUCAAUUGAUGGUGAUAUUAAUCGUAAAAGGUUAACAAGUGUAGAAAUUGAGAAAAAAUUGCUGGAAGCUUUGCAGGAAGUGGAGGAGUUGAAGAUAGAACUGGAUACAUGUCAAAAACGUCUUGAUGCAAAAUACAUGGCCAUUGCUAUCUUAAAGCGACAGGCUGAUGAGUCGACAGAGGAGUACACCAUCACAGAGAAGAUAGCGCGGGAGUGUAGCAAGAUGCUGGCAGAGGAUAGCGCGCUCGACCUGGCCGGGGACCUGUCGGGGGACCUGUCGGGGGACCUGUCUGCAGGUGGCGGUGAUGUAGAGGAGGGGGAGAGGCCCCCCCAUGAACUACUGUGGGAUGAUGAGGCACUCUUACAGAGGGUUUGCCAGGAGAACGGUCUCCUCAUGUCUACACUUGAAGCAAGGUCUGAGGAGCUACGCAGAGCUAACUGUCAAAAGAUGGCUCUGGCGCGCGAGAGAGACGAGUUGCUGGCCCUGCUGGACGUGAAGGAGAAGCUGAAGUACGAGAGGACGAGGAGCACUGCUUCGGACGAAGACUACGGCACAUACUCAUCUGCAGAGCUGGCAGUGUUGGGGGCGUGUCAGUGCCGGGGGACCAAGACGGAGCCAUGUGGGUGUGCCCACGCUGCAGCCAACCUACGCAGAGACACCAUCAGGCUCAGGGAGGAGAUUGAGCUGUACAAGCACCGGAGGGAUGAAGCGUAUCUCACCGUCGAUGCAUACAGAAAGGCGUUUGAGGAACAGCUCAACAGGAACAAGUUCCUCACCCUGAAAAUGUCGGAACUCACAAUACCUGCCUCCUCCAAAACUGUCAAGGCCAAGGCAGCUAUUAAGUGGCUCAUCAGCGUCCUCAAUGAUGAUGACCUUCACAUGUCAAUUCCACACCAUGGCCUACCCAACGGCCCUCUCUCCAGCAUCAACACAACACUCAUGACACCCCAAGAACUGAUCACACUGCUCUCUGAAAUGGUCCAUGAGAAGUGUGAGGCUCUGGCUCACCAGAAACUGGCAGCACAGGUGUUGGCCAACAAGGUGGAGUCCCUGGAGAAACAGCUGCGUGCCAUCAAGGAGGAGGACGUCUUCACGUGAAGCCACGCAGCCAGGUGGCCAUCAAGGAGGAGGAUGUCUUCACGUGAAGUCACGCAGCUAGGUGGCCAUCAAGGAGGAGGACGUCUUCACGUGAAGCCACGCAGCAGGUGGCCAUCAAGGAUGAAGAUGUUUUCACGUGAAGUCACGCAGCACAGAUAAACCCCUUUCUCCUGUUUUGAUCUCGCUUCAUAUUGAAAUCCAGAUAACUUACUUCAUCAAGAAUAUAUAACAGUGUAUUUACAUAAUCUAAGGUUUUCCAGUGAGCACUUUGACUCAGGUGCAACACAUGUACUUAACUGUGUCUGAACAUUGUUCUACUGAUUAUACUAAUAUCUUUGACAGUUAUGACCUGAAGAAAAUCCAUGUUUGUUAACAACACAUAUUUUUAUACAUACAACUGAGUAUGUCCUGUUUUGAGGAUGUAUUUGGUGGAUAUCUAAAGUUCCUGAGAUGGCCAGGUGGAACUGUUUGUUUGUAACCACAGCUCAAUGAAAGCGUUUUUGAGAUUUAUUUAUUAAAGAUCUAGUACUGUCUUGUGACUGUGGUCAUCCCUUUCGUAUACAUUGUAUAUUUGUAAAUGGUUAUGUGCCUUUAAGAUAUAGUUCUGACUGGGUUCUGUCUUGUGUUCAACUGCUGUUUCCUGUUGUAGUUUGACAUGCUCAUUUGUUAACAUAUCACACAUAAAACCAGUUUAUGCUGUCGAGUGGCUGGAGUUGUGGGACAUUCUGUAGCUCACAUGACAUUUUGACAUGUCACAUAACAAAUAUUCUUUGAAAAACAAAAUAUUUUUCUGUUCAAAGGAUGUACUGAGGGCUGGUGACAAAUAUGUAUUUAUAGCUAUAACUUUCAAAUACUACAGAGCUACAGAUAAGCUGCGUAUUUGCAUAAAAUACCCCCCAAAAAUAUUCAAAACCCAAUUACUUUCAAUUAACUUGCGUACAGAAAUGCAUGCAUUAAAUAAAAAACUCAAAUGUAUAAAAACAGCAUGCAUAAAUACCCAAUAAACCUUUUUCAGCAUUUGUAAAAUUUCCUAAACACAGUGACAAUUAUGGGCCAAUUUACUUUCUGAGUCAAGCCUAUAGUUAGAACCCUUAUAUACGUCUAAAACAUUAUUAUAUUUUUUUUUAAAUGUCAAAAUGUUAACUCAUUUCGGGAAAAACCCAAUAGAAUAAUGAAUAGAUGAGUGAAAAAAUAUUGGUUACCCAAUGAAAAAUGUAAUAACCCAAUUAAAAUAAAAACCUUUGAGUAAAAACUCAAUUGCUCAAAAAGUUGUCUGGAGCUCUGUUACUAAUAUUGGACACUUUUGCCUAUUUGACAUCUUUUCUGAAACCACUAAAGUACUGUUGGAAAUGCUGGAAGAAUGCACUUUUUUUCAUUUAAAUAAUUAUUGCAAUUAACACAGAAUUCUGUUGAAAUAUCUUACAACUUCUGUUUGAUCUACCUCAGGUUUGAAGUAUUUCAUUGUUAAUACCAGGUAUAUUCUAUUUGCUAUUUCAUUGGAGAAAAAGUCAAAACAAAAUAUGAAACAGACUUUAGAAAUAUACGGGGCGUUGAAUGCACAAAUGAUGGCGUUAGUAAGUCCACAACCUAAGGUUGAUUUCUUUGCAUGAUUAUAAUGUGUAAUAGGGGCGGGCCGGGUAGCCUAGUGGUUAAAGCGUUUGCUAGUCAUGCCAAAGACCCAGGUUCGAUUCCCGACAUGGGUACAGUGAGUGAAGCCCAUUUCUGGUGUCCUCGCCAUGAUAUUGCUGGAAUAUUGCUAAAAGCGGCGUAAAACCAUACUCACUUACUCACUCACUUUAGAAAUAUACAAAAGAGACCUCUUUCUGGUUAUAAUAAUUUACAUGUCAUUACA